AUGAUAAGGGUAAAAAUCUCUAGAGUGAGCAUCACACCCACCCCAAAAAACUUCUCCAAACCAACAGAUUCAUCAAACUCUCACCUCAUCAACCUUUCAUUACCAACCACCCCAUGGAGGAGGUGCACCGCCCGCCGAAUAAACAUCCGGCCAGCAGCAGCCGUCCCUGACGAGCUGUCGGGAAAGGUCGAGGAGAGUAUCAAGCAUGCACAGGAGGCUUGCUCGGAGGACCCUGUCAGUGGAGAGUGCAAGGCUGCAUGGGACGAAGUGGAGGAGCUGAGUGCGGCAGCCAGUCAUGCUAGGGACAGGCAGAAGGAAGCCGAUCCAUUGGAGAACUACUGCAAGGAUAAUCCUGAAACAGAUGAGUGCAGAACUUAUGAUGACUAA